AUGCUUCACUUAAAUGGCUUGUCUUUUAGAAAUUUGGAGAGUCAAUUAACUCGUUGGGCGGAAAAGCUUCAGCAGUAUGAUUUCGAAAUAGCUCAUCGGUAUUGUUCGAAGCUAGAGGUGAGAGAUGCUUUAAAGCAAGAGGAGCAAGUAGAUCAAAUAGUUUUUGAAGAGGGCACAUCCAAGGAGUGGCGAAAAGAUCAGCUGGAAGAUCAGGUCGUAACAAUUAUUUUACUUGGAAAGGAAAAGGAUUGUCGUCCUUCUUGGGAAGAAGUUUCUGCUAGAGAAUUGUCGUGGUUGUUAGGAAUGAAGAAAACAAGAACUACCGCUUUUCAUCCGCAGUCUAAUAAGCAAGUUGAAAGACAACAUCAAACGAUAAUGCAGUAUUUGUCUAAAUCUUCUAAGCAUGAGGCUACAGAGGCUUCACCUGCCGAAUUGAAUUUUGGGCGCGAUUUGCGUCUGCCGUUAAAUUUGUUACGGGGCUCUCCGCCAAAUUACUGUUCAAGUUCUUUGGAAGAUUAUAUUUGUGAGUUAGAGUCGAAAUUAGAGGAGAUCCAUCAGGAUGUUAGAGAGCGUUUAGAAAUGAAAUCGAACAAGGCAAAAAUGCGAUACGAUUUGAAAGCUAGAAGCAAGGGAAAAGCUCCUAAAUUGCAGAGAACUUGGGAGGGGCCUUACGUGGUCGUUAAGAAAUUGAGUGAUGUGGGUAGAAGUGUCCUGUGGAAAGCUGGGUCUGGUGCCACAGGCUCUAAUAACAUAGCACCCAGAAUAAUUAGUCUCGCAUUACCGAGCAUAAUGCCCUUAAUAGAGCACGUCUUUAAUUACUCUUUAAUGAAUGUUACAUUCCCUGGUCAAUGGAAGUCUGCAGUGGUAUGUCCAAUUCCUAAGAUAAAGAAUCCUUCUUCUGUACAACAUUACAGACCGAUAUCUAUUUUGCCUGCUCUUUCGAAGGCAUUGGAGCGUGUGGUCUGUAAACAGAUUUGUGACUAUCUCCAGCAAGCCACCCUCCUGGAUAUAAACCAAUCGGCUUACAGAAAGAAUUGCUUGACUCAAACUUGCCUACUAAGAACGCUUGAUGACAUAAGAUGCAAUGUGGAUUGCAGAAUGGUUACAAUUUCCAUCUUCUUUGACUUUUCUAAAGCCUUCGACAGAGUCCACCACGGCAUACUUCUAGACAAAGAAGAACAUGCAUUUCUCUUGCUCUGUACUAAAAUGGAUUGA